ACGGGUGUGGGUAUCCCAUAUUGGAACUUACAAGGUAACACUGUGGUUACCGGACAAUAUAUCCGACUCACAGCAGAUACACAGAGUGCUCAAGGUGGUAUUUGGAAUGCUGUGCCAGUAACUGCGCGAAAUUGGGAGUUACAAGUUACUUUUGCAAUCCAUGGAUCUACAGGUGAUUUGUUUGGUGAUGGAGCAGCUCUAUGGUAUGUACAAGAGCCCUUAAAGACAGGAACUGUUUUCGGAUCAAAAGAUUAUUUCCGUGGGUUGGGGAUAUUCCUUGACACUUACAGCAAUCAUAAUGGGCCUCAUGGGCAUGGUCAUCCAUACAUAUCAGCGAUGGUCAAUAAUGGUUCGUUGCAUUAUGAUCAUGAUAUGGAUGGUACUCAUACUCAGCUAGGUGGUGCACAUACAGGUUGUGAAGCAAAGUUUAGGAAUAAGCUGUAUCAAACUCAAAUAAUGGUUCGAUAUGUGAAUGAUGUGCUGUCGAUAUAUACUGAUAUCUUGGAUACCAGUGAAUGGAAGGAAUGCAUGAUUGUUAGAGAUGUGCAGUUACCUACUGGCUAUUACUUUGGUAUCACUGCUGCUACAGGCGAUUUGUCCGACUUUCAUGAUGUCAUAUCGGUGAAAAUGUUUGAACAGGAUUAUGUAUAUGCAGAAGCAGGGGAUGGUGUCACAGCAGAUCCUCGCUACCGUGAACCUUAUGCACAGAAUGUUGCAUCUCCACGUGAUCAUGUUGAUCAACCAAAACCAUCUAAAUUAGGCUGGUUUGGUACUGUAGUAUUAAUGAUUUUGGGCAUCACGUUGUGCGUAUUGGUGUUAUGGUUCGGUGUUAUUUUUGUCAAUCAUCGGCAGCAAAUGACGCGGAAGCGAUUUUAUUAA